AUGAUAAAGUAUGGGAGGAAAUGGACCCCUAAGAUGGUGAUCUAUCAGCAGAACAGAGAUGAUGUGCUCAAGAGGAUCAAGGAGGAAUAUGAGGUGAAGCUGGGAGGUCAGGAUAUGUUCAAGCAUUACCAAGCGACCAUCCAGAAGGUUAUUGAGGAAUUGUUAGAUGAUGAGUUGGAGAAGGCCAAAGAAACAGCUGAGGAAUGGUCUCACAGCAUUCCUCCACCUGAGAUCCAAGUGCAAGUUGCUGGUAAGAAUGGACCUGCAUACAUGGAGCAUUUCUCUAAUGAAAUGUGGAGACAAUGUGGGAUGAGAGUGUUUGUGUUGUCUGCUUGGAAGAAUGAGCAGGGACAGGUGCUAUUCGGGAUGCACGAUGAUAAUGAGGCAUUGGGAGAUGGGGACAGCUUCAUGAAGAUGAAGGACUGGGAGGAUAUUGAGCUGAUGUGGCAAGAGUAUGCACAAGAACAGUUUGAGACCAUGCAAAUGAAGCUCAAGGAGAAGAAGGCAAUGAUGUGUCCAGGACUCUGUUCUGGCAUCAACAAGGCCGUCGUCCCAUGGAGCGCCAUUGUAGAAAGUGAGGAUGACUUCAUAUCACCCAUGUAUCUUCUGAGGGGCAUUCGUUUGAAGGAGUCAUCAAAGUUGCAAAACUCUGAUGCAACAGCCUUGUUGAAUUUUUGGUAUGCUCACCAGCAGACAGAUGAAGAUCUGAUGUUCCAGUUCAAAGCAUGA